GCAGCAUUCCCUUGAAAUUGCACUUGACUGUACAAGAACAGUACAUGAAACCGAUAGAACCAACGAAGUCACUGGAGACUGAAGACAUUCCAACCAUGCGGGAAUUUCCUAAAGCGAUGAAAAGGCUGCUAACAAAUUGGCUACUAACGUUUAACAAUCUAGGCGGCGUAUUUUACGUGUUAGGUGCAUCGGCUUACAUAACAUUUUUGGCGAAAUAUCUCGAGGUACAGUACAGCACCUCUGCUGCUGGUGGCACGGUAAUUGCAGGUCCGCUAUCGCUCGUUGGUAUGGUACUCGGGUUUUUGCUUUCUGGAUUAAUUAUUUGCAAGUUUCAACCUGGUCCCAGGCCGCUGUUAGCAUGGAAUGUUUUUGUCGGUCUCUGUUUCGUCGCUGGUCAAAUACUCUUCAUUUUUCUCGGUUGCACCGAUGUCAGCAUCCAAGGUCUCGACUUAGAAACAAUGCAAAUGAACCUGACGUACAAUUGUAACACCGGUUGCAAUUGUAACGGCGUGAAAUACUCUCCGGUCUGUCACUUGGCGUCGAGGACGACUUUUUUCUCCGCCUGUCACGCAGGUUGUCAGACGAUAAUCAGCGACAAAGAAUUCGGGAACUGUAGUUGCCUUCCGUUGCCAGGCUCGUCGAAUUUCGAGAAUCAUUCCAGUUACAGCGAGUUGCUAACGGAGGAUCAACUGAUCUACAUGGACGGUCCGUCCGAAAUGCUGAAUUUCGACAAAGUCAGAGCCGGUCCCUGCGUGAACGACUGCAGUCAUCCUUAUCUUCUGUUCACGGUUCUCACCUGCAUCAUACAAACGUUAGCGUGUUCCGGAAAAAUUGGUAACGUCCUGGUAAAUUAUCGCAGCGUCGACAAGAAGGAUAAAAGCUUCGCGCAAGGUAUUACCUUGAUGACCAUUUCCUUAUUUGCCUUAAUACCGGGUCCAAUUAUUUACGGAGCUAUUAUUGACUCAACUUGCUUGAUUUGGGAGGAGUCCUGUGGAACCAGAGGGAACUGCUGGUUCCAUCACGGAAGAAACUUCCGAUAUUUAGUUAAUAUUACGUCGGCAGGAUUCUCGAUAAUAGGAGUGUUGUUCGAUGCAGCGGUUUGUUAUCUCGGAAAGGAUUUGGAUCUUUACGGCGCCCAGGAAACCGACAGACGCCGUGAAUUUAUCAAAGAUGAUCCCGCGCCGCCAAUCACCGAUGGCGAGAAGAAAAAAGAAAUGAACGGAAAUGUGAAUUAAGGUCGAAAUUAACCGGAACCGUAUAAAUUUAGGUGUUU